GCGCCAAUGAAGCCAAUCACCCGAGUCUCGUCGUCAUGGCCCGUAUCAUGACAGUCGUUGAAGUACAUAUUGCGAUCCUCAAAAACGGGCAAACCUGCCAUGUGUUCUGCCAUGCAACCGGAUGCCAUGCGGUCGAACGCUCACCCUCAUCAAUCCGCAUACGAGAUCUGGGAAACCCACUCAGAACGGCUGGCUCUACGCCUCGACCAACGCCCCGUCGCCCAAGUCGCCGUGCGCCUGGCCUGCCCUCCGCUCUGCCGACCACAAGCUCGAGUCGCAUCGAGGACGUGGCGUCGGCCCACGAUGCCGGCCGCCCGGCAGCGUGUACAGCCCGGGCAGGCGACGUCAGGAUCCCCGCCGUGCCGCGCUUCUUCCAAUUUUACACGCCACAUGACGACGAGCUGACCGUCUCCCUGCUUCGGUGCGCCCACGAGUCCGGAUCCACGACCUCCAUGCAGAGGACGGAUACGUGGCAGCUCGGCUGGCGGCACGUCGAUGUCGCGACGUCCAAUCGUGACUUAAACCGCGGCAGCGGGGCCGACCUCGGCCUCUCCGACCCCUUCUUCCCAUCUGGCACGGCCGCGCCUGGUCCUGGGACAAGGCCGUUAGAGCGCGUGAAACGCGGCGCGAGAUCAGCGGCGGCAUGGUCCUUCCUCAUCAAAGGAAUCCAGCGGGUUGACAACGCCGAGAGGGCAGCGGAUCUCGGUUUCGACGGCGUCGUCCGUGGGGGGCUCGUCGUGACGUUUGACAGCGGCGUCAGGGGUGCGGCGGAUAUCGUCAAGGCGCCAGCGCUGGGUGCCAAUUUGUUUGCGGAUCUGGACAUUUUGACGAACGUUGCGGGGAUCAACAGAGUUGAGGAUAUCACCAAGGAUUUGAUAAAGUCUCUGCCGCCGUCGUAUGCCUUGCUCAACAAGAAGGCCAUGCUACCUGUUGAGGCUUCCAUGUGCGCCAUGGGCUACGUGCUUUACUUGGUAUUUCCUGUUCCAAGGACUGUAUAG